UAACGGAAUAUUCUGGGUCCUAUAGAUGCCGGGGGAUCCUAACUUCCCUUUCCCCAAGCUUCCCUUACUUCGUGGGUAUCCCUUCAUUUUGUCAUAAGAUAUAAUUAUUCGACCAUCCUGCAAGCAUGCCUUUCAUUCAUGUCAAAACCAGCUCUGGAAACAUUAAAUUUCACUACAUCAUCAGCACUCCAGAUUCAGACGUCGCAGACAAAAUAGACCCAGAUAUCCCAGUCUUGCUGUUUUUCCAUUCACUUGCUUUUCCGCAUGUUUUCCACUCUCAAUUUGGAGACCCUCUACUCAGGAAAUUCAACCUUGUUGUAUUUGAUAUGAGGUCCCACGGAGAGACAGAGGGGGAUGAUCUGCCCGACGGAUACGGAGUCGAGGAAGCCGCAGAAGAUGCAUUGGCGUUCAUGGAUGCACUCCGCCUUCCCCCAUGUCACUUUGUAGCGAUGGACUAUGGAAGUCCGGUUGCUCUGCAGAUAGCGAUCUCUUAUCCUGAUCGAGUACUAUCAUUAUUCUUCAUCUCGCAAACUUGUCUAGAAGAGCCACCAGAGGUACGCGAAGGCCACCAACAGGUGUACGACUGCUGGAUCGCUGCGUUCCCUGGGCCAGAUAAAUUUGACAACGAGCGUAUGAUGGAAGGAGGAUACGGUUUCGCGCAAUUCAUGUUCAGCAAUAACAUGACAAAAAUGGCAGAUGCACUAUUCAAAAUAUCCUUCGAACUGAGCCAGAAGCACUGGGGAUACCAAGGGUUGAAAAAUUAUCGUAUCGCAACUCUCGACUUCCUCUACAACCGAAAGUCGCAACCCAGAUCGGCUUUAUCCCGCAUACGAUGCCCUGUCAAGCUCGUUUAUGGUACCGAUGAUGUCGCAUAUCCACAAGAAUACAACGAAAAAUUUUUCCGGGAACUCGAGGAUGCUGGUGUGGAUGUUUCGUUACUUGUGGUUCCAGGAGCACCUCAUUUUGUUAGUGUCGCACAUGCUAAUCAGUAAGUUUAACUAAUGAUUUCGUCCCUUUGAAUUCAUCACACUGAAUGUAUACACUGGCAGAGUCGAUCCCGUGUUGCAUGAUUUCGUUAUGCAAAAUGAUCCCCGAAAACCAAGGCCAGUGUCGAAUAGUGGCCUCAAAUCUCCUUGGGAGGGGACAUUACUAUCCGCAGGUCUUGACGAUGGCACGGAUAGUAGUGUUGAUUCUGACGAUGACGAUUUCGUGGUUUCUUAUCCUUCGAGUUGAACCUUGUGCAACAGUAUCUCAGAUAAAGAUGGGUUUAGGUCGUUCAAACUUCGUUAGUCGUAACUGUAUGAUCACUGGUCAUGGUACU